AUGAAAGUAGAAAGUGACCUGCAGCAGAUGUUCGUCGUGGUUCCUUUUCUACUGCCGUUGGGCGCCGUGGUCCUCGUUAUCGCCGUGAUUUUUAAUAUAAUCCGGGAGCGAUUGUCCUCCCUUUCUUCACUUCCGAACGCCGGAAUUGGAGCACCGUACUCACGGCUGUUAUGGGCUUUUCCGACAGAGUUCAGGGGACUGGUCACGUUGGAUCUGCCAAGGCUACAUGAGAAACUAGGACCCUUGGUUCGUAUCGGCCCCAACGAGGUAUCAUUCUACUCGCUAGACAUCUACGAUGCCGUGCACAAGGUGGGCAGCAAGUUCAAGAAAGACCCGCGAGUCUAUGGCGAGUUCGUGCAGGGCGGCAACCCAGCACUGUUCUCGAUCACUGACCCUGCGGAACACUCGAAGCGCAGGAGGCUGAUGGGCCAGCUGUUCAACCGCAGCCAGAUGCACAAGCUCGAGGGGCUCAUGCUGCAUCAUAUCAGCUCUUUCGUGCAGCUUCUCGCGAAAUCAAAACACGAGGUCGACCUGACGCCCGCGUGUCGUGCUCUCGAGGCGGACAUCAUCUCCGACUUCUCUUUCGGCCAUACGAUCGGGGCAAUCGCCGCCUAUUCCCAGGGUGAACAACUUACUAUGGUGGCUAAGAACGACGAGAAGGCUACGUGGAUGCCGUUGCUCGUCAGUUUCCCGGGCUUAUGUGAUCUGUGGGAGAGGCUCGAACGGCUCGUCUUCUCCGCGACCGGUAUCAGGACAGCAUAUAGCAGCACGAUGCACCAGUUUCACUCCUGGGCCGAGUCGAGCUGGCGCUCAACCCUGUCAAUCGGCUCGGUGCAGGAGAAGCCACCUAGCCCCUUCCCCAACCUCGUGGCCACGAUGGUAAACUCGGGACUUCCGCCACUGACGGCCCUGUCCGAGGCGACGGAGAAUCUGGGACCGGGAACCGAUACCACGUCGGCGUCCCUGGCUCAUAUCCUGUGGGCACUGGCACACAACUCGGCCUUCCAGGAAGAGCUCUUCAAGGAUCUCGCCCAUGUGUCGUUUUCCUCUGAUAUGACGACUCUGGAGAAUAUACCAAAGCUACGAGCCUGCGUCAAGGAAGGAAUCCGGUGGACCGGCGCGGCGGCAGCGAUGCUACCACGCAUUGUGCCUGAAGGUGGAGUUGAAUUCUAUGGGCAUUUCAUACCCGAGGGAACAGUCCUCAGCUCCUCGCCCAUCUGGUAUCUCCACGACCACACAGCCUUUCCAGGUCCCAAGGAAUUCGAUCCCUACCGGUGGCUGACCACCGACGGCCUGACGACAAGCGAGGACGCGCUGCGCGAUAGGUUCUAUAUCCCUUUCUCCAAGGGCGCGAAUGUUUGCAUGGGAGCACAUUUCGCCUACUUAGAGCUCUACCUCUCGCUCUCCCAAAUCAUCCGCAAUUUCCGCAUACAAGUCCACCCAUCACUGCAGCAGCAGCAGCAACAACACCCUUACUACUUCCCUCAGGGAACAUCACCACCGCCGGCAGCGUUCUGGAGAGUCGGCCUGCCGGCACGGCGGGAAUGGGUCGCUGCCGUGCCGACUGAGCGGUUGGCGGUGACGCUACAGCCACGAGCAUGA